UCCGCCGAAGAAAUGGCAGAGCAAGGAUAUCAGAUGGAUUCUGUGAAAUUCUCCUGUUCCAUUUGUUUGGAUCUCCUGAAGACUCCGGUGACUAUCCCCUGUGGACACAAUUACUGCAUGAACUGUAUUGGAAACUUUUGGGACAAUAAGGACAGGAAACAAAGCCACAGCUGCCCUCAGUGUAGACAGACGUUCACACCGAGGCCUGUUUUGAUGAAAAACACCAUGUUAGCAGAGUUGGUGGAGGAUCUGAAGAAGACUGGACUCCAAGCUGCUCCAGCUGAUCUCUGCUAUGCUGAACCUGAAGAUGUGGCCUGUGAUAUCUGCACUGGGAGGAAGAUGAAAGCUGCUAAGUCCUGUCUGGUCUGUUUGGUUUCUUAUUGUGAGAAUCACCUCCAACCUCACCAUGAUGUGCCUGGUCUGAAGAAACACAAACUGGUGAAUCCCUCCAAGGACCUCCAGCAGAACAUCUGCUCUCGUCAUGAUGAAGUGAUGAAGAUCUUCUGUCGUACUGAUCAGCAGUGUAUCUGUUAUCUCUGCACUAUGGAUGAACAUAAAGGCCAUGAAACAGUCUCAGCUUCAGCAGAAAGGGCUGAGAAGCAGAAGGAGCUCCAGGUGAGACGAGAAAACAUCCAGCAGAGAAUUCAGUACCAAGAGAAAGAUGUGAAGCUGCUUCAACAGGAGGUGGAGGCCAUCAAUGUCUCUGCUGAUAAAACAGUGGAGGACAGUGAGAAGAUCUUCUCUGAGCUGAUCCAUCUCAUCCAGAAAAUAAGCUCUGUUGUGAAGCAGCAGAUCAGAUCCCAGCAGGAAACUGAAGUGAGUCGAGUCAAAGAGCUUCAGGAGAAGCUGGAGCAGGAGAUCACUGAGCUGAAGAGGAAAGACGCUGAGCUGAAGCAGCUCUCAGACACAGAGGAUCACAACCAGUUUCUCCUCAACUACCCCUCACUGUCAGCACUCAGUGAGUCUACACACUCACCCAGCAUCAAGACCCGUCCUCUAAGAUGCCUUGAGGGUGUGACAGCAGCUCUGUCAAAGCUCAGGGACAUAAUACAGGACGCGCUGAAACAGGAACAAACAAAUGCCUCGUUGCAAGUCACUAAAGUGGAUGCAGCCAAGAAGGUGGAUCCAGUUAUGAAAGUUGAUGCCUUACUGUCCAAACAAGAACCAGCAUCAAGAGAGGACUUCUUAAAAUAUUCACGGAAACUCACACUGGAUCCCAACACAGCGCACAAAUAUCUGGAAUUAUCUGAAGGUAACAGAAAAGUUACUAUGACUAACAAAAACCAAUGUUAUUCAAAUAAUGAAGACAGAUUCACCAGAAGAUGGCAGGUCCUGAGUAGAUCACGUCUGACUGGACGUUAUUACUGGGAGGUGGAGUGGAGCGGGGGAUCAAUCGAAAUAGCCGUCGCUUACAGGGAUAUAGAAAGAGAAGGGGACACAAACGACAGUUCUUUUGGAAUGAAUGAGAACUCUUGGGCUUUGUGCUGCUGGACAACAGGUUACACAUUCUACAGUGACGAAGUUCAAAUCCCCAUCCCAGGUCCAGUUUCCUCCAGAGUCGGAGUGUACCUGGAUCACAGUGCAGGGAUUCUGUCUUUCUACAGCGUCUUUGGAGCUGACUGCUGUUUCUGUAAGGAGGUGAUGAUUCUCCUCCACAGAGAAAAGGCCGUAUUCACUGAGCCGCUGCAUGCUGGGAUUUGGCUUUCACGUUCCACAGGAACCACAGCAGAGAUCAUUAAAUUCCAAAAGUAACUGAAAUAAGUGAAGGAGAGUGGCUCAGUUCAUAGCUUGGGUUUAAUUGUACCCAAUAUGUAUGCCUAGCCAUCUAAAAAAUUCAAAGUUACUCAGAGGCUUAGAAGUUGUUCAAGAUGUAAGCAGGAAUUCUUCUUUUAAUUAAAAGCUAAAAGGCUGCAUGCUUCUUAGUGAGUUUUAAAAGCAGGGAAUCAUGUUAUGUAUUUUCCAAAUACCACAUAAACCAAAAAAAAAAAGGGUUGAUUGUGUAACUUUAAAAUGGCAGGGCUGUAAAAUCGAUGCUGCAGCAAGUAAAUCUGCAAGUAAGUGACACAUCUGACAUAAUCCAAUUCCUUUAAUUUUUUUUAUAGUAGGCCUAAAUCUGGUAUAACAUUACAUUAUACAGUUGUUAACAUUAAACCAUGAGAUUUAAGUUGACUCCUUUCCCAGCUGUGUUUUCAGUGCCAUAUGUUUAAGUGUGGAGCCCAUCCAUCCCGUCCGGCUUCCCUCCGUUAGCUGCUUCGCAGGGCCUGGGCUCCAUGGAUGUCGGGGCCCCACUGGGGGGCUAUGAAGCUAAACCAGUGACUGCUUGCUAUGACAUCGAAAAAGAGAUUUGGCCUUGUAAAAUAUAAUUGUCAGGAUUAUUGCCUGUGCAUUGUGGACAGAUGUAAGAUUGUACAAAACCCAUCCAAAAUAAUUUUUUACCUGUAUAAUGUACUCUAUGAAGGAUUUUGUAUUGUAUUAGUUGUAAAUUCAAAUUUCUAGUCAUUUUGAAAGUUCUUAAACAUAUCUGUUCAAACCUGACUGAUAAAUCCCCUCCGAAGAGAUAUUGAAUAAUCUAGUUUGAACAGUCUUGUAAAAUUUAGGUAGUUUGAUAGUUGAUAUUCUAAGAAUGUUUUUUUAUCAAUACAAAAUUGUAUAUUUAUCCUAUCAACUUUGACAAACUCAGU